UUAACCUGUUUAAUCAUGAACCAAACUGCGGGAAACAAAAACCCAAUUUGCCUUUUCAAAUCUUUGAAGUGAGUAAUUGUUGGUAAUUGACGAUUGAAAGAGACGCCGAUCGCUUCAAUAAUUCGCAAAAUCAAAAUCUUUACUGAAGAACAAACCCAAAGAUAAGUACUCUUUUCAUUUUUCUUAAACCCUAGUAAUUGAAUCAGAAACAAAAAUGAAAAAUGGACCCAGAUAUCACAUCAUGGGUUCUUGAAUUUUUAGCUCGCCAACCCAUUUCUCAUCGCUUGUUUAACAAAAUUCUUUACAAUCCCCAAAUCCCAAUUUCAUCAACUAACCCUCGCUUUAAGAAAACACUCCUUCUCCGUUCAAUUCAAGACGAAAUUGCUCAUGGGUAUGCUUCUUCUGAGUCAAUACUUGAAUCGCUCGAAAUUAUUGAAGAAUUGGACAAAAAACAGUUAAUUCAGAUCACAAAUUCAAUGAAAUUGGCCUAUGAAGCCGUUGCGGUGGACUGCACGGUGAAAUGGCUUAUCGGGGAUGGCGAUAAGGGUCAGUUUUUCGAAGCAGUGAAAAGGAUUUGGAGAGAUAGAAUAGAGAACUUAGAGUUGUCGAAUAAGAGUGAGUUGGUCACCGACGAAUUGAGGGAGAUUAAAGAAGAGAUGGAGGCUGCGUUGUUUGAUUUAAAUGCUUGCAAUAGGCUGUUGAGUAGGCAUACGGCUAAUGAAUCUCUGCGGCUCGUGAAAGAUUAUCUGAAAGAGGCAUUUGGUGUAAUGGGACCUUCGUUUCUUGAAUUAGCAGCCAAAGUUGAGUGGCAAAUGAAAGCAACAGAAGCAAAUACUGAAACGAAUGCUGGUCUAGAAAGUGAGAAGAAUGAUAUGCUUGACACUCACUCCCAAGAAGCAGUUAGGACUGUGGAGUCUGGAAGGGCACGCGUGAAUGUGCCUCCAACUCAGUUUUACAGGAUCCCUACGCCUGAAUUUACGAAAGUGAGAGAAGGGCUUGAAUCCAGCUCCCUAGAGUUGAAAUUAUUGGUGAAUGAUCCUCUUCCUGAUGCAUUGGCUUUGUCCGAGGCAUUAAUUGCUGAUAUGAAUAAGAAGGCUUUGAAUGAGGAGACUUCGGUCAAUCCUAAUUGUAGCUUAAUGGAUCGGAAUAAUACUGCUUGUACUUUUGAGUGGAGUGAUUCCAUUGAUGAUUCAUCCCCGGAAUCAACCAAAAGGAAAAGAUAUCACUUGGAUACUCCGAGUAUAAAUGUAGGGUCUCCAUUAAAGAUUUAUAAAACACCAAAACUCGCCAGAAGGAGGCAAUUCAAGAGGUGGACUGUUGAAGAGGAAGAUGCAUUAAGAGAGGCUGUGCAAAGGUUUGGAAGGGGGAACUGGAAAUUCAUCCUGCAGUGCAAACGAGACAUUUUUGUGGAAAGAACCGAGGUUGAUUUGAAAGAUAAAUGGAGAAACAUGAUGAAGUAGUAACUUAGUGAUGAAGGAACUUCUUGAAAAUCUAAAUCAGGAAUGUAAACUGAUUGCUGUUUAAUUUGGCGAGAAAUUACAAGGCUAAUUUUCAUUGCGUUAGUUUUUUUUUAAUUUCGUUUUAAAUGUAUAGACUAAUAUUUGCAUUCCACGUGUCUUUAUUUCCUGCCAAACUACAGAUGAAGGAUCUAAAUGAUACAUUAUGUAUAAGUUGUGGAUUUCUUUGUAAGAUAACUCUGAGAAUAAUGUUUUUGAUAUUUAGUGCGAAGUUGAGGAGGCAAAUUGAUCCUUUACUCGACAUGCUAAUCUCUUCCA